UUUUAAACUUAUCAUGGCAAAAAUCACUCUUAACGCCACCGUCUUCAUGGAGUUGAAGAAGGAGGUGCCGGAGAAGAGUGUUAUGGAGGUGGAGAGUGGAGAGUCGUCGACGGAAGAGGCGGAGCCGGAGUCGGAGUCGGAGUCGCCGAGGUCCGUGGUGAUGGAGAUGAAGAAGAAAGUAGAGAGAGUUCAUAGUCAGAUUUUGCGGAUAAGAGAGGAAGAAUCGCAUCUUGGAGAAGAUUUUGUCGGCGGCGAUAAAAAGAAUAAGAACGACGUCGUCUGUGGAGGAGGUGGUGAAGAUUUUCAUGAAAAACGACGACGUCGUGUUAACGUGCUGGUUGUUUCGAGACCCAUCUUGCCUUGCUCGCCUCUCAGCGGCAAGAAUAACGUUAGAAGGCCUUGCACUGAAACGACCUAAUCGAUCACUCCAUCAAUCAAUCAAUCAAGGGAGUUUUAAGAGAAGGGUAAGGUAGACUAGCGUGGGGGAAGAGUUGCAGUUUUUAGCUUAGUUUGGAAAGGCUUGAAGAUUUUUUUUUUUAAAAUUAAGCUUUAGUUGUGAUUUCUUAAUUAGGGCUUAGAAGAUGUACAGGACAUAAUCAAAUGUAUGAUGGAAUCAUUCUACAGCUUAACAAAAAGUAGUGUAAUAAUAUUUUCCUUUUUCUCU